AACAACAGUAGAUCGAACAUCAUUUAGAUUUCUCUCUCUCUUUCUCUCUGCAUAAGCUAAGGAGCGAUGUCGGCGUGCAUCAAUGGCUUAUGCAGAGCCGUGACAGUCUCUCUUCUUCUUCUUUCUUUCUUUUUCUCUUUUUCCUCAGCUUGUUCUAAUGGAAAUUGCCAGCUGCUGGAUUCAUGCUCCUCGGCCACUGAUUGUGUCCCUGGUUUAUACUGUGGAGACUGUCCUGCCGUUGGAAGAAGUAAACCCGUCUGCACAAGAGGCCAAGCCACAAUUCCAACUUCCAUUAUCAAUGGAUUGCCUUUCAACAAGUAUACAUGGUUGAUGACUCAUAAUGCCUUUAGCAAUGCAAAUGCACCACCGUUGCCAGGUGUUGAGAGGAUUACAUUUUACAAUCAAGAAGAUACUAUUACUAAUCAGCUACAAAAUGGAGUUAGAGGGCUAAUGCUGGAUAUGUAUGACUUCAACAACGAUAUCUGGCUUUGCCAUUCGCUUCGAGGGCAAUGUUUCAACUUCACCGCUUUUCAACCUGCAAUUAACACACUGAGGGAAGUUGAGGCAUUUCUGAGUCAGAACCCAGCAGAGAUUGUUACCAUUAUAAUUGAGGACUAUGUGCACAGACCUAAAGGCUUAUCAACUCUGUUUGCUAACGCUGGUUUGGACAAGUACUGGUUUCCUGUUUCGAAAAUGCCAAGAAAGGGAGAAGAUUGGCCUACUGUGACUGAUAUGGUGCAAGAGAAUCACAGGCUCCUGGUUUUCACUUCUGUUGCUGCCAAAGAAGAUGAAGAAGGCGUUGCUUAUCAAUGGAGAUACAUGGUUGAAAAUGAAUCUGGAGAUCCCGGGGUGAAGCGAGGUUCUUGUCCUAACAGAAAAGAAUCACAACCCUUAAAUUCAAAAAGUUCAUCGCUUUUCUUGAUGAAUUACUUCCCGACAUAUCCGGUUGAGAAAGACGCUUGCAAAGAGCACUCAGCUCCACUUGCUGAGAUGGUUGGGACUUGUCUAAAGUCAGGAGGGAAUAGAAUGCCAAACUUUCUUGCUGUUAACUUCUACAUGAGAAGUGAUGGAGGCGGCGUUUUCGAAAUUCUGGAUAGAAUGAAUGGACCGGUACUUUGUGGUUGUGAAACUCUUGCUGCCUGCCAGCCAGGAGCAGCCUAUGGUUCAUGCAAAAAUAUUACUCUACAGACAAGAGCUCCAAACAUGGAUUCAACGGCUGGAAGCAACUCAGGUGGAAGCUACUCAGGUUCAGUUCAGUUCUCAAGAUCCUUAGCUUCUGUUGUCUAUCCACCAAACACUAUUGUUGCCUUCUGCUUCUCAUGGCUUCCAUUCCUGAUGUUUCUACUCUGACACAACCAAUCAAACCACUUAGAAAGAUUAUUGGGUUAGAGAAUCGUGAUCACUUCUUUAGAACGAAUGAGAGAUCCUAAGUUCAGGAAACAUGAAUUCCCUUAGCAAGAGUUUCUGAUAUGAUUCUUGAAUUGUAGACUGCAGAGCAUAGGCAGAAAUAUUGUGUAUGUGUGUCUUCAGCUUCUGUUGAAUGGUUGUAACUUAUAUAUAAAUAUAUAUAGACACAAUUC